AUGGAUAGUGAUGCUGUUGUGGCUGAACGAAAUGGUGUUCUCGAGUUCCGAACUGCCACGAACGAUGGAAGCCCAGAGAACUUUGUCCUUCUCACAAAAUUUCAACAAGUAGUCCGGAAGGGACUAUUGGAAAUGCAAGCAGCGUAUAUCGCGAAAACAGUUCUUGACGCAAACCACAAAACUCUGGUUAUGAUACAGAAAUCACAAAAGACAAUCAAUGGAAAAUCGAAAGGGGGCAUUGGACAAGCUUUUCAACAAUUGGAGACCGUCAUUGGUGGGGUUUGUUACCGUGUUAUUGAAAACCGCGGAUUUGUUGAGAUGAUUUACGUCGUGGUUAGUGCGAACAAGCAAGGGGGAGGGUAUGGAGCACACAUGAUGAAUCAUUUCAAAGACGAGAUCAAAUACUCUUAUAAGGAAACAGUGAUGGAAAUUCUCGGAUAUGCUGACCUUACUGCCGUCGGUUUCUUUCAGAGGCAAGGCUUUACAAAAGAUAUUGAGCUGGAAGAACGCAAAUGGGUUGGCGUCAUAAAGGACUAUCUCGCAUCAGAUCUUAUGCAAUGUACCUUGCUCCCAAGAAUGAGCUAUGUCGAAGCAGCUCGAAUGAUUCGUAAGCAGAAGGAAUUUUUGCUCGCCACGAUGGCUGCCAAUAACAAAAGCAAGGUUCAACAUCACCCUCCCGCGCAAUGGGCUCGAGGAAUUAUUGGCCCAAUCGACCCUUACUCUGUGCCCGGCAUUCGACACUCUGGCUGGUCACCAGAAAUGGAUGAACUAUCUCGCGAGAAGGAAGCGACGCCCCCCACCGAUCCACUCCAGGACUUUCUAAAUCAUUUGAAGGAGGGGAAGCAUGCUUGGCCUUUCCUCCAACCCGUCGAUGAGAAGGAAGUCGAAGACUAUUAUAUGGUGAUCAAGCAUCCGAUGGAUUUGCAGACCAUGCAGCAAAAGCUAGAUCAGGGCCUGUACGAUACACCAAAAGCUUUCGUGGAAGAUGUCAAAUUGAUCAUCAAAAACUGCAGGCAGUACAACAAGCCAAACACAGCCUUUUGCAAGAAUGUGGCUAAGCUAGAGAGGGACAUGAAGGAUUUCAUAAGGGGUGUGCCAGAAUGGAAAAAAUAUCUUAAUAUACUUAGAUAA